UAACUCUCGACUAACCUCCACUUGUCCCAACUGUUCUCAGCGAAGGAGGAGCAGUGACCUUGGCACUCCAACCUGACUGACUUAACCUUUCUCCACCGAGGACAAUGUUGUUAGCUCAUCUUCGGUUUGGUAUGGGCCGAGCCCUCGGCCAGUUUGCCCGUACCAUCAGAAACGAGCCUAGCUUGACCGUUUCGGCGAGGAGGCUGUUCCACCGAGAUCGAACACUUCGUGAUACCAUAAAACUCGAGAUGCCAUCAUUAUCUCCAACAAUGACAGAAGGAUCCAUCGUCAAAUGGUACAAGAAAGAAGGGGAUCCCAUAGCUCCUGGUGAUGUACUCUGUGAUAUUCAAACAGACAAGGCUGUUGUAAGUAUGGACACUGAAGAAGAAGGAAUACUGGCCAAAAUUAUAUUGCCAGACGAUACAAAAGAUAUCAAAGUGGGUCAGUUGAUUGGCUUAAUGGUUGAGGAAGGAGAUGACUGGGAAAAUGUCCAGAUUCCUGGUGAGCCUGCAGCUUCUCCUGCACCGUCUUCACCACCUGCGCCUGCAGCAUCUGCUCCACCAUCUGCCCCGGCUGGUGAACCUUUUCGUGGCAUGCGCAUAGAGAUGCCCUCUUUAUCUCCGACCAUGUCUGAAGGAGACAUUAUAAAAUGGCACAAGCAGGAAGGUGACAAAGUGGCCCCUGGUGACGUUCUUUGUGAUAUUCAAACUGACAAGGCUGUGGUUAGCAUGGACAUUGAAGAAGAAGGCAUUUUAGCGAAGAUUCUUAUGCCUGAAAACAGUAAAAAUGUUAAAAUCGGUCAUCUGAUUGCAUUGAUGGUAGAUCUGGAUGAUGAUUGGCAGAAUGUAACUAUCCCUACUGAUGUGACAGCCAGUACAGAUGCACCAGUCCCGAGCCCCAAACCUGCAGCGCCACCACCACCAGUCUCUUCUGCAACCUCACCAGCUGCAGCACCGUUACAGAGCAAUGCUGAAAUCAUUGAAGAAAUACAUGCUCUAACAAGAGUCGGUCCUUCAGUUAAGAAAUUAUUGGAAGAGUACAAUAUCAGCCCAAAAGAUGUUCAACAAAGUGGUUCUCGAGGUCAAAUUCUGAAGGGUGAUGUUCUCUCAGUCAUCAAGACAAAACAUCUUGUGAGGUCAAGCCCACCAUCUCCGGUUCAGCCAACACCUGUUCAGUCAGUACCUGUUCCACCAAUUACUCAAACUCAGAUAAAAGCACCACCACCACCUGCGCCUGCCGCUAAGGGUCCAUCAAAGCUAAAGUACACAGAUAUUCCUGUUAGCAGUAUGAGGAAAACAAUAGCCAAACGUUUGACUGAAUCAAAGACGACUAUUCCCCAUUCUUAUGGCUCUAUUGAAUGCAAUGUUGACAGUGUGAGUGCACUUAGGAAGAAAUUGAUUGCGGAUGGUGUAAAAGUGUCCCUGAAUGAUUUUAUCAUAAAAGCUGCCGCCCAUGCUCUACGGCGGGUGCCAGAUAUGAAUGCCAUAGUGAAAGAUGGUAAUCCUGUCCAAUUACCAUCUGUGGAUAUCUCAAUAGCCGUGGCAACUCCAAAUGGUCUCAUUACACCAAUUGUCAAAAAUGCCGUUACUCUUGGCAUUUCUGAUAUUUCAAGCUCAGUCAAGGAACUUGCUGGAAGGGCACGAGAGGGAAAACUCCAGCUUCAUGAAUUUCAAGGAGGUUCAUUUAGCAUAUCAAACCUGGGAAUGUUUGGGAUAAGUGAAUUUUCUGCUGUAAUCAAUCCUCCACAAGUUGGAAUACUGGCUAUUGGUUCAUCUCGUUUAGUGCCGAUUACAAACAACACUGCCAAGACAAUGAUGACCGUUGUAUUGUCUUAUGACCGGAGGGCUGUCAGUGAACACGAAGCAGCCAUGUUUCUAGAGGCCUUCCAAGAAAUACUCGAAAAACCUACUCUGAUGCUUUCUGGAGGAGACACCCCAACACCCCGUGAUAAUCCAGUUUCAGAACCUGUCCCAAGCGAACCAGAAACUUCAGUCUCAGAAUCUGAGAGUGUAGCCGUAAGCAUGAAGGCGCCGAAUACCGAUUCGAAUGUAUUAGCAAAAGAAGCCCUUAUAAAAAGUCUUAUAUUCUAGAGUGCAAUAAUUGUGGAAGGUCCUCAGUUUCCGUGGCAAAAACAUCAAAAGCUGUUGUAUAUCUGUUUCAUACCAUUUAAAAUAUUUCUUUUUUCUUUUCUUAAUUUAUCAACACAUUUUCCUUUCAAAAAUCAGAUCCUUAGUACAUAUAUCUAUAAAAAAUAUCUAGAGUAAA